AUGUCAGACCAAGUCUUGAUUUGGGAAACGAGAUUGUUUUGCAUGAUUUUGUGUCAUGUUUUGCAAAGCGUACUUUGUUUCAAAGGGAUUAAUUUCGUAAUUACGGAUGAUGGCGUGCCACCGUCCCUGGGGAAUCCACAACACCUCCAGAUUCAGCAAGUCUCAAGCCUUCUGGAAUGUGCUCGGUCCUGUGCGGUGAACACGCCAUGCGACCAGUUUCAGUUUUCAGACACCUCAAGCACGUGCAUCAGAAGGUACACGCUUGUUGUCAAUGGCGGCCUGGUGGAAAACGUCACUGGUUUAUUUGCUGUGUACAGUCGGAACCCCAAAGCCCCUAACUCAUGCUCUGCCAUCAAGGUGAAUGACCCGACAGCGUCCGACGGCGAGUACUACAUCUACCCCACCGCAACCCAGUUCCAGGACCUGACGGUGAGGGUCUACUGCUUGAUGAACGACACGCAUCAGUUUGAGUACGUCACAUUGCCACACAGGAACUUUGGCGAAUUUCCUAAAAGGUCCAACCCUAUGUGUACAAGUGAAAAGCCGUAUCUCCAAGGUACCGGUGUUGGACAUGAUGGAAUCACGGAGUUCCAGAAAAUCAGAGUUGAUCCCACCACGAUGACAGUAGUGAGGGCAGACUACACGUUUGCAAACUGGACGAGAGUUAAGAAGAUCAAGUACGGAAAUGCUGCAGACUGUUAUACGAACAAAGCUACGUGUGGACCGAUUGGGACCUUCCGUAUCAAUACACUGGGCACUGGGAUGAAGUUCAGUGACGGUCUUACAUGGUUUCACUCAGCUUUGAAAGCAAAGAUAACCCGGCAACAGAACGGUGCCAUCAUUGACGUGGUAUGUGGAGGAUAUUGUGGGUACUGUCGCCCAGAUCAAGACAUGGCACUGUAUCCCCAGGACAACUAGCAUCCUCAUCCUGACGUAAGCAUCAAGGAGAGGCAGUCAAGCCUUCCAAUUCGGGCACGACUUGUCGAGUCUCCAUUUCGCUGUGCAGAGUUACCUCCGUCUGUUGUACCAGGAUCUGUUAUAAAAUAAUUAGAACCAAAGGCACUGAACUGAAGGGAAGAUUCAACGUUAGUGUAUGCCGACAACUAGUUUACAAUACACAUACGCAUGUCACCUGCUACAUUUACUGUUGCAGAUGCAAAAAUCAUUGUUACUUCUUUCACAUGACGUCAAUUUCUUAUCAAUAGAGUCUAUUUCAAUUUCAAUGCUGACUGGAUCUUCAAUAUGACCGUUGACGUUUAAAACGGCUGAAACAUAUAGAACUACAGUGCUUCAGCAAAACGCUGUUGCAAUUUCAAGUUUACUUUGAUGUUCGAUGUGAG